AGUUAAAAUAUUUGGACCCAGAUUUGAAACCAGACAAGAGGAAACAUUGUCGGUGGGAGUAGAUCGGAAGAUAGGUUAGAAGCCCAAACUUGCUGAACCCAACCCAAUACAUUGUCUCAACCGAAGCGUUGGCGGGUGAAGUCGAAGGAAUUCACUGGUCUCAGCACAAGCUCGAUCCCCAGCAUGGGAGAUUCCUCCAACGGAUCGUCCUUCUCCGACGACAAGUCGGCGAAGAUCUUCGUCGCUGGCCACCGGGGCCUGGUCGGCUCGGCCAUCGUGCGCAAGCUCCGCCACCUGGGCUUCACCAACCUCGUCCUGCGCACCCACGCCGAGCUUGACCUGACCCGCCAGAGCGACGUGGACGCCUUCUUCGCCGCCGAAAAGCCCCGGUUCGUGAUCCUCGCCGCGGCCAAGGUCGGCGGCAUCCACGCCAACAGCACCUAUCCGGCAGACUUCAUCGUCGUCAACCUCCAGAUCCAGACCAACGUCAUCGACUCCGCUCACCGCCACGGCGUCCACAAGCUCCUCUUCCUCGGCUCCUCCUGCAUCUACCCCAAAUUCGCCCCCCAACCCAUCCCGGAGGACGCUCUCCUCACCGGUCCCCUAGAGCCCACCAACGAAUGGUACGCCGUGGCCAAGAUCGCCGGGAUCAAGAUGUGCGAAGCCUAUAGAAUCCAAUUCGGUUUCGACGCGAUUUCGGGUAUGCCCACGAACUUAUACGGCCCGUAUGACAAUUUCCACCCCGAGAACUCGCACGUUUUGCCGGCGCUGAUGCGGAGGUUUCACGAGGCGAAGGUGAAGAAUGCGAAGGAGGUGGUGGUGUGGGGGACUGGGAGUCCGCUCAGGGAGUUCUUACAUGUCGACGAUUUGGCCGAUGCGGUGGCGUUUUUGAUGGAGGGAUACAGUGGGUUGGGGCAUGUGAAUGUGGGGAGUGGGAAGGAGGUGACCAUUAGGGAAUUGGCUGAGAUGGUGAAGGAGGUGGUGGGGUUUCAGGGAGAGCUUGUCUGGGACUCUUCCAAGCCCGAUGGGACUCCUCGGAAGCUCAUGGAUAGCUCGAAGCUUGCUGGGUUGGGUUGGACCCCCAAGAUUCCGCUCAGGGAUGGGCUUGUUGAUACCUACAAGUGGUACUUGGAGAAUGUCAAGCAAUGAGUUCAGGUGAUUGAUUACCCGAACAUAGUUUUUUGUACCAAUUAUGUUUGCUGAUUAUUUGUGAUACUUUAUUUAUAUAGAAUGAUUCAUCUCUAGAGGAUUACUGUUUCUGUGAGAAUUGGGUGCGCUGCUGAGUUAUUGUCAAGUGCUUCGCAAGUCCAUAAUUCAGUUUAUGAUCUAUAAUCGUGGUUGAUUACUGCUCAGUUGUUAUCCAUUGUAAUUGUACGAGUAUUUUCAAUAAUUUUUUUUCCAUUUUCUCCGCCAAUAAACUGUGAGUGGAGGCUGAAGCCUCGUGAACAAUUCUGGAUAGGUGCAGGAGUUAUUUUCAUAUGUAGUUCGGUAAUACUAUUCGUAAUGUCUAUGUCAAUUGUCCAAGAUUGGGUGCAGAUGUUCUUUUUCUAAAAGUUUUUGAUCUAGCAGAACAUGACAGAGGUGUUGGCCGUAGUUGUGGCUGGCAUGGAAGAAAUCUGGGUUCUUUUCUUAAUCUGGUGGUAAAUCAAUUAUACGUUCAAAAAAUGUUGUGUUAUGUAUGACUCGGUUGUUAUGAUUGAGGAGUAUUAUUGUCUUUGUUUUA